AUGAAUGUUGCAGAGAAAUUGCCUUCAAAUUUGAGGGAGGAUUCUGAUUUCAAGGUUAGUUUCGAUAAGAUUGUAUGGUCUGAUACUGCUGAGCCUCAUGAGUUUGAGGAUAACUGGAGUAAUUUGAUAGAUGAAUAUGGGUUGGCUGACAACAGAUGGUUCUCUGACAUGUACGAGGAUCGAUCGUUCUGGAUUCCUGUUUAUUUUCGUGACAUCAAUAUGAGUGGGUUUUUUCGCACCCCUUUAUUGUCGGAUAGCGAGAAUAGCUAUUUCAAACGCUUCUUAAACAAGUUUUCUGAUUUGGUCAUACUGUUUAUGAAUUAUAACAGUGCCUUGAAUUCCCAACAAGAUACGUGUCAGAAGUUAAAUUUUGCUGAUGAGACUGUUGUGAACCUGUUCAUCAGGAAGGGGUUGUUAUGCAGACACAUGUACUACAUUUUGCGGUGGCUGAAGGUUAACAAGAUACCGGAAAGAUACAUUGCUAAUCAGUGGUGCAAAUCUUAUAUGUUAUCUACACCGCAAGUCUUCAGCAAAUGUAUUGGCCAUGUUUCUGGUGAUCAAGAUUUGACGAAACAGUUGUUGGCUACCUUCAUUGAAGUUGAGAACAAGUUUGGAAAACUUGGAAAUAAAAAUCCAACGGCAAAUUCGAAGGAUUUGAUAUUCAAGGAGUUCUAUGGGUCUGUACCACCUGAGGUGCCUACCGUGCUUCCACCUGCUGUUGCUAAAACUAAAGGUAGUGGAGCGGGUGGACGUAGGAAAUCCAACAAAAAGAAGGCAAUGAUUCUAGCCCAGAAGCUUAUGCGCAACUAUAAAAGAUGUAAAACCAUGGGACACCACGACUCGAUGAAUUGUCCUACCAAGGCAUUGUCGAACCCAUGA